CCACGAGCCGCUUCUCCAGCCUGUUUAUUGAGGUACUUCCGUAACGAGUGGCCACCAUGGAGACGUACUCGCUGCUGCGUACGGUGCCGGUUUUCGCAGACGUGCGUCGGCGCGUGCGCAGGUCCUACCACAGCCUGAAGCACGUGCACACCUCGCUGCGGCUCGGCCUGCAGCUGGUGGAAGUCUUCUUCCAGCUGGUGCUCCUCUUCUCGUGGCCGCUCAUCAUACUCUGCUACAUCCCCAUUGUCGUCACGGAUCGCAUUCUCCACCACCUCCUGGCCUCUCUAAUCGAAUGGUUUCCGGCUAUUAUGUGGCCCGCAGCUGACGUAUACAGAGCUCUGCCAGACUUCGUCCUGUCCUUCACGAUUGGUCGCGUCAUCGUGUUCUUCCUACUUCUCAUCUCGUACAUCGUAACCUUCGUGAUCGAAUGCUUAAAAGUGCCUUUAAACGUUAUUCUGUUUUUCCUUUCGGCUGUUAGUGAAGAGACUGCCAAACCGUUCGAGGGGCUGCGGCUCUCGCCUCAUGCCCACCACUCGCACUCCAGCGCACACCCCUACGGCCACGUCUACAGCCCGGACGUGCCCUGGCUGUCGGCUACACCCCUGCCUCCGCCAGCGUCUCCACCAACGCCUCCACGCACCGUCGUGCUGCCGGGGGCGCAGCGAGGCCCGGUCCGCGUCGUAGAGGCGGUCACCCGAGAGGUUUCGAUCCAAGACGUGGGACCCGGUAGUCAGCUGCGAGAGUCUCUGGUGCUGCAUCCUCGUCCAAAGCCAGUGAGGCUGGUGGUCCCCGUGGAGCGGCCUCUGCAGUGCGUCGCUCAGUAACUUACUGGUUGCGCACACGGCCCGCCGCGCCGCGGGCUCCCAGUUAAUUACACACAUCGUUGGCGGCAGUCACCACCAGAACUGCUGCUUCAGAAACCUACUCUGGCCCAGACAGCAAACAAGAAUUGCAGUAAGUUACCGACGCACAGAAGCUUACAGUAUCGACGACGCUUUAUCCUUUCCGCAAGAUGUAGAAGCAUCCGUAGUGCAGUCGCG